AUGCAAACUGCAAUAUUACCUGUACGCGGAAUGACUUGUCAUUCAUGCGUCAACUCCAUUACGAGUGCUUUAAAAUUUUCUCAAGGCAUUAAUAGUGUGGUGGUGAGUCUUGAAAAUGAGAAUGCGACCGUGGAAUACGAUGAGGAGUUGAUUAAAGAACAAGACAUAAUACAAGUGAUUGAAAAUUGUGGGUUUGAAGUUCCCAUUUUAUCAAAUGUUAAUUUAAUAUCGCCAAUAGCCUCAGAAUUUGCGCCAUUUACCAACGUUACUUUAAAGGAUUCUCCUUAUCAGGAAUCUUUUCCACUCAAAACAAUAAAAAAUCACACUUUCGAUCCAGAUAAAAUACGAGUUUGUCAGAUCCAUGUACGUGGAAUGACUUGCGCAUCCUGUGUUAAUAGUAUCGAAAAACAUCUUCGUGAAGUUUCUGGUAUCCAAUCUAUUAAAGUUUCCUUGCUUGCAGAGCGAGCUGUAGUAGAAUAUAAUACAGAUAUUAUAAAUGAUCACAAGAUAUCUGAAAUGAUUAAUAGUAUUGGAUUUGAGGCUUCUCCCAUUCAACCAAAACGUGAAGACAAGAUUGAGGUUCAAAUUUUCGGAAUGAAAACUUCUUCACACGUUGAAGAAAUUAAACAAGAAUUGUUCAAGGUUCCCGGAAUACUUAGUGUAUCUAUAGACUUUAAUACUACAAUUGGUGUAAUUCAAUUUGAUAAGGAACGAUUAGGUGUUCGAGAUAUUGUGGAUAAAAUUGAAAAUAUUGGUGAUUCUGGCUUUAGUGUCUUGAUCUAUGACAAUAGUCAAAAGACGCAAUUAGAAUCAUUGGCUCGCACAAGAGAAAUCACUGAAUGGCGAAGGGCAUUUUACCAAUCUCUUGCUUUUGCUAUUCCAGUAUUUCUUGUUUCCAUGGUUCUUCCAGGUUUUGCUUGGGGUUCAGCCUUAGUUGACGUAAUGUUACUUCCCGGAAUUUACAGUGGCGACCUUAUCAGUCUCAUCUUGACCAUACCAGUACAAUUUGGCAUCGGUAAACGAUUUUAUAUUACGUCCUAUAAGGCUCUUAAACAUAAGUCCGCAACCAUGGAUGUCUUGAUAGUUUUAGGGACGACUUCAGCCUUUACUUUUUCAUGCUUCGCAAUGUUUUAUGCGCUAAUUGUUUAUCCACAUGAUCGGCCAUCAUCUGUGUUUUUCGAUACAUCAACUAUGUUAAUCACAUUUGUAACUUUUGGUAGAUAUUUGGAAAAUAUGGCCAAAGGGAAAACUUCUGUUGCUUUAUCAAAACUUAUGUCACUUACACCUGCUGUAACAACCAUCUUUGUUAAAGAUCCUAAAACUGGUGAUAUUAUAGAGGAAAAAAAGAUUCCUACAGAAUUAGUGCAAGUGGGAGAUAUGGUUAAAAUCGUGCCAGGUGAUAAAAUUCCCUCAGAUGGCAUUGUUAUUUCCGGUCAAUCAACAGUAGAUGAAUCAAUGGUCACUGGUGAAGCUGAUCCGGUAACUAAACGACCAGGAGAUUUGGUUAUUGGUGGAACUGUUAAUGAAUUAGGCACUUUUGACAUGGAGGUUACACGUCUUAGUACACCUACGGCCGUAAUGGUUGGUACAGGAGUAGGUGCACAGAAUGGAAUAUUAAUUAAGAGUGGUAUUGCACUUGAGACAGGUCAUAAAGUUAAAAAAGUUGUAUUUGAUAAAACAGGAACUUUGACAAAAGGUCAAUUGGAUGUUGUUCAUUAUGAAUUAAUGGCUGAAAAUCCGGAAUUAACCAAGGAAAUAUUUUUUGAAAUUGUUGGGGCAGCUGAAUCAUCAAGCGAGCAUCCUCUCGGUCGUUCUAUCACUAAUUACGGAAAAAAAAUUUUAUAUAUUGAAACAUAUAAUGCAGAUGUUUCAGAUUUUGAAAGUUUUUCAGGGCUUGGUAUAAAAUGUACUGUCAAUCUCAAAACAGACCGUAAUAAUACGAACAAAAAGACUGAUUUCACAACCCCAGAUAUAAAAACUUAUGAUGUAUUGAUAGGAAAUGAACGAUUAUUGACACAACAUAAUGGAAUUAUACUCCCGGAAUCAGUAGUCACACUCAAAGAAACACAAGAACGACUUGGACAUACGACUGUUCUAGUAAGCAUAGAUAAAGAAUUAGUAGGGUUAAUAUUUCUUUCGGAUAUAAUUAAACCAGAAUCUAAAAUUGCAGUUGGUGCAUUAAGACGAAUGGGUAUAGACGUUAUAAUGGUGACUGGUGACCAAUUGUUAACAGCUCAAACCAUAGCUUCACAAUGUGGAAUAACUGAAAUUCACGCAGGAGUUUCACCAAAAGGUAAAACUCAAAUAAUACAAUCAAUACAACGUGAAGGCCGAGGAAAUAUUGUGGCAAUGGUUGGUGAUGGAAUAAAUGAUUCGCCAGCAUUAGCGGCAGCAGAUUUAGGAAUUGCAUUAUGUUCUGGAACUGAUAUAGCAAUUGAAGCAGCAGAUAUAGUGCUUAUGCGGCCAGACAUGACAGAUGUAGUUGCAUCUAUAGAUUUAUCACGAACUAUAUUUAAAAGGAUACGGUUAAAUUUUCUAUGGGCAUGUUUAUAUAAUUUAUUAGGAAUUCCGUUUGCCAUGGGAAUAUUUCUACCAUGGGGAUAUCAUUUACAUCCUAUGUUGGCAGGUUUCGCCAUGGCUUGUUCAAGUGUUAGUGUAGUAUGUUCUAGUUUACUACUCAGAUGGUGGACUAAGCCAAUUUGGGUUGAUGAUGGAAAGGGAGGAGUAAGAAGGGUGAAAGAUGAUAGUGGAUUAAUUAACACGAUUAUUUCAACUUUGAAAACUGGGCCUACUAUGCCCCGUGGAUACAGACGCUUGGCAGUGGAGGACGAA